AUGGAUCCGGCAAACGAAUAUUGCGGGCUUGAAGACUAUGGCCUGGUGGGGGACAUGCACACCUGUGCGCUGGUCAGCAAGAAUGGCAGCGUCGACUCCAUGUGCUGGCCCGUGUUCGAUUCCCCUUCCAUCUUCUGCCGCAUUCUCGACAAGGAGAAAGGAGGCCAUUUUUCGAUAACCCCAGAUCGCAGAUUGAAGAAUCCUCUCAGUAAGCAGCGCUAUCGUCCGUAUACCAAUAUGCUGGAGACACGCUGGAUCCAUGAGGAGGGUGUGAUGAACAUCUUGGAUUACUUUCCGAUCGCAAAACCCAAGCCCCAUGUGGCAUGUCGUUCCGGGAUGGUACGGAAAGCAGAGUGCGUGCGUGGUGAAAUGGAGAUAGAAAUUGAGCUCUUCCCGGCAUUCAACUACGCUCGCGAUUCACAUGUAGCCCAACAGUCUUCGGCUUCGGAUGACGCUAUCCAAGUUUACCACUUUCAGGCUGAGAGUCAGAAUCUGGUUGUCAGCGUUCUGGGAGACAGGGGUGAUAUUUCCGGGGAUGACUCCGAUCUUAGCAUUGAAUUUGAACUGUCCGAUCGACCCGGCCAUUUAGGCCCCGGUCUGGUUGGGAAGGUUACCUUGAAAGAAGGACAGUCUAUUACUAUGCUUCUUCACGACCAGGAAUCCAUAACAUGCAAUGUGGAGGAUCUAGCGCCCUAUCUACAGCAGAUUGAGCGAACAACAGGCGAUUUCUGGUCAGACUGGACCAGCAAGUGCACCUUUCGAGGCCACUACCGUGAGCAAGUAGAACGCAGCCUACUUGUUCUUAAGCUGCUAACCUACAAGCCAACUGGAGCGAUCGUGGCAGCCCCCACGUUCUCCCUGCCCGAGCAUAUCGGCGGAAGUCGCAACUGGGACUAUCGCUAUUCAUGGGUGCGAGAUGCAGCAUUCACCGUGUAUGUGUUCUUGAAGAACGGCUAUCCCGAAGAAGCCGAAUCGUACAUCAACUUCAUCUUCGAACGCAUCUUCCCACCCAUGGAUAAGAAUCCAAAGCCAGGGGAGCCCUUCCUGCCCAUCAUGAUUACCAUUCAUGGCGAGCGCGAGAUCCCCGAAAUGGAACUCGAACAUCUUGAGGGGUACCGAGGAAGCCGACCAGUUCGUAUCGGCAAUGGUGCAGCGACUCAUAUUCAGCUCGACAUUUACGGAGAACUAAUGGACAGCAUAUACCUCUACAACAAACAUGCCGCCGACAUAUCAUACGACCAAUGGCGAGCUAUUCGUCGCAUGAUCGACUUCGUCAUCCAGAUCCGUCAUCAACCCGACCAGUCCAUCUGGGAAGUGCGCGGGCCUCCGCAAAACUUUGUCUACUCUAAAAUCAUGCUUUGGGUGGCUUUGGAUCGUGGCUUACGGCUGGCGGAGAAGAGAUCCAAUCUGCCAUGUCCGGACCGGGCACGAUGGAUGCACGAACGCGAUGCACUGUACGAUGAAAUCAUGACCAAGGGAUAUAACUCCGAGAAGGGAUUUUUCUGCAUGAGCUAUGAAAAUCAGGAUGCUAUGGACGCUGCAGUGCUUAUCGCGCCGUUGGUAUUUUUCGUAGCGCCGAAUGAUCCCCGCUUGUUGAGCACCAUCCAGAAGAUCACCGAGGUUCCGGCAAAAGGAGGUCUGAGUGUGGCUAAUAUGGUGUCACGUUAUGAUACUGGGAAAGUCGACGACGGUGUUGGCGGCAACGAAGGCGCUUUCCUGAUGGUUACAUUCUGGCUCGUCGAAGCCAUGAUGCGUCAACUGCGCAAGACAGCGACAUCGCAGUUCGACAGCAUUCUCUCUUUUGCAAAUCAUCUGGGGAUGUUCUCCGAGGAGGUGGCGACGUCCGGCGAGCAGAUCGGCAACAUGCCGCAGGCAUUCAGUCACCUUGCGUGUCAAUACAUGUUUAAUGUCAUUGUAAAGAGAAAAUCCCUUGAAACCUGCGAGUACCAUAUUGCACUUGACGUGGAGAAAAGAAUCCUACAAAUAUGCUAUAAUGAAGAUAUCUCCAUUUUUAACAAGUGGCUGUCAAUAUCAGGUUUUACGUACCGCCAAUCAUUUACUAUAAGUCAGCUAGUUGUUGUUUGA